AGCCUCCUGUUCUUUCACGAUUGAUAGAGGUUUUGCUGCUUGACACAAAAACUACUAGAGCACGCUGAGAAAAAAACCAAAACAAAUGAUUCGUGUACUUGAACUUGUUGACUAGGCGUACUAGGCCGGAUGAAUAUAAAUACCUUUUCAAGAUGAAGUUUUCCCCCACCAGUUGCUCACAUCUCAAGAUGUCGCCCCUGCCGACCAGCACAAGCAGACACCUCCACCUCCAGCACCUUCGCCGCGGCUUCGCCCAGAUUCCCAGCCUACAUGUCUCGCGCAAACUGAGUGACAUCGUAAAGCUCCCGUUGCUGCAGCGCGAGUCUCCGCAGAAGGUGCGCGAGGUGUGGUUGUCGCAUGAUAAACCCAGGAUAAUCAACGGCGUCCUGGCUGCAUAUGGUAGGGAAAUUUGAAUUUCGCGUCUUCACGGCAAAUUUACAUGUGCACAGCUCGUAACUGUACGACGUGAGUAGGGAUGUUUUUCAGAGAAUAAUUUGAUUUGAUCUAGUUGUAUAGAUUCUUUUAUGUAGUGUGCGUGCGCGACUUACUUUUAUAUCCCAGACGGAUUGUACUGCAGCAUGCAAUUAUUUGGGCGUCAUGACUCGAAAUUUCCAAAUAAUUCUACUCCGGAAUGGCGCGCAUCCGCCGCCAACGCAAAAGCCGCGCCAUUAUUCGUCGUACCUGUGUAUCCAGACCCAGCAGUUACUUUGCACUCGACCAAACACGUAGAUGGAACCGGUAUCCACAGUGAAUUUCCCGUACACAACGACGACGACGUACAAAUGUAACUUCCGCAUGACAAACUUUUCCUUCAAGUUCAAACCUCUUCAGCAUGACAAUUUGUUUUUAUUUAAGUUGGUGAAAUUUGUGAUGAAUUAUCUCAUGAAAUUCAUGACAUGAAUGUCGAUGUCCGGCUCCGGGAAAUUCAAAUUUGUGAUGCAUAACCGCAACCACGACGCAGCAGUCUAGUGCCAGCUUCACCCCCGCGUCGGCAGCAUCUUCCACAGCUGGGUAUUACAACUUGGUGAGCGAAUGGCAGGACGAGGAGAUCGUGUUGACCUUCUUGGACGACUACCAAAAAGACGCGCGCAACGCGGUGCCCUUUAUGGUGGUCAACUUUUUCACGGAGCUGCUGUCGUCCCACAACUUGGUGCUGCUCCGGGCCGACAUCGUGAACAGAAACCUCAGCCGCAAGCAGGGCGCCUUGGCCGUCAAAUUUCUGCGGGAGGCAUACGCUCGAGUGGACCGGUUUGAGUGGGUGCAAAAGUUCAACCUGCGUCCCCGCGAGUUCGAUUAUCGCGCUUUCGAGUCUUGGUGCAGCAAGAUCAAAGCCGAGGCGUGAGUCGGUCUUCGCCGCAGCGUUCGGUGACGGAAAAACCGCGGCCACAGCUUGCGAAACGGCACGACGGAAAUUGGAGAAACAAAAAGCAGGUAUUUAGGCCCAGUGAUGCGCAAGCUCGGCGGCCGGGUGCAUGACGCUUUAUCAGAUUUCGUAAACGGUGGAAGCACGUCCUCGUGUACCGGCGGUCCUUUCAGUUCCCGUGAUCCUGAUCUGCACAGGCUCCGCCACGAUUGUACUUUCUUCUGGUCUACUUCACGUGCCAAGACAAGUACUCAUCACGUACGAUGUGCACGUCAACAGUUUGCUGUCAGUACUUCCUUGCUUUAAUUACCUCUAGCU